AUGGAUGAAAGCUAUUCAAAUAGAUCCCAAGAACAUUUAAAAACAACCUCACAAGACAUCGUUUUUGCCACAUUAUAUUCGUUCAUGGUGUUUUUUGGCGUGUUGGGUAAUGGUGUAGUGAUUGCUAUCGUACGCAAAACGCCUUCGAUGCGCACGACAACGAAUUAUCUUCUGCUAAACUUAGCUGUGGCCGAUUUAUUGACGUUACUUCUUUGUCCCGCUAUUUAUGACUUUGCUUUGAAUCAUUCGAGGAUGAACUCCACACUGGGUGAUAUCGUCUGCAAACUCUUUGCUGGAAAUGCCGUCGUUUGCAUCACAUUCGAUGCGUCCGUGUUGACUCUGUGCGUUAUCGCCGUGGAGCGCUAUGUGGCAAUUGUCAAACCUUUUAAAAGUAGCAGUUGGAACAUUUCUUCCAAGAACACGAAUUUAGUCACUGUCGUGAUUUGGGUACUGUCGUUCAUUUUGAGUUUCCCGGACAGCUUGUGGACGAUGUACAAGAAGGAUCCCAGUUCGAGUUAUCCAUGCACUCGCCCAUGGACGCUGGAACACGGGUCGACUGUUAAGGCCUAUAUUAUCACGCACUGUCUGGUCAUGAUUGUAUUUCCCUCCAUUUUGAUUUCAUUUUGCUAUCUCUCGAUUCUUAAAGUGCUCAAGUGGGACUUGUCAGACCCAGGGAUAGACGAAGCCGAAAAGAACAGUAUGAAAAGGCUUUUAAAGCUUCUUGUCUCUUUAGCGGUGGCAUUUUGCGCGCUCUGUUUGCCGUUUGCGUGCUUCUUUAUGUAUGUUUCCGCGAUCACGGACGCUCAAAUUAAGCAAGAUUUCGCACAAUUGUUUCUCGCACACAGAAUUGUUCGGGUACUGAUAUUUUUUAAUUCUUUCAUAAAUCCGCUGUUGUAUGCCGCACAGAGCGCAAAUUACAGAAAGGCAAUGGAUGAAAUUUGCUGCCGCACUAAAGUGGUCGAUUCAAGGCGCAGAUCCAUGAAACUGGCGGAAAGAACCUCACCCACUGGAAUUGGAGAGACAGUCCUAGUACAGAGACUCUGACAGCUGCAUCUGUGUGAAGGAUUGAUAACAAACCAGAUGCAGAAUUGAAUGACGAGUUAAGUGACAACUAAAAAAAAAACAAUCAAAGAAAGCAUUAUUCGCUUGUCAUGAACUUUUUUUAAAUUUCGAAGUGAUUAAUUUCAUCGAUAGAAACUAUGGAAUGAAAUAGCCCGGAACAACUUUUUCAAAAUGCCCAUAAAUAUAAGCAAUUCAGAUCGCUUUUAAGUGUUCAGAUAUAUCGAUAUCAUUUGCAUUGAUUUUAUUUGACCAUACACUUUCUUUGUCUCCGACGGAGAAACACGUAUUUCACUAACUGCUGUUUUGCAAUGGCUACAGUGAUGAAAGAGACUUAGAUUCAGCAUGACGUUUUUCGCACAAAUUGGUCAACUAGUCCUUCCCUCUGCUUUCAGUCGUAUGAGCACUAAUAAC